AUGCCAGUAGACAUCAGCCUUAUCAGCCUUGAGGUGCUCGCCGUUCUGCCCCCUCUGAACGACCACAUCAACAAGAUUAUUGAGCAAACCCCGCCUUCUGAAGUCCCAACCUCACGUCUCGACGCGCAGAUCCAGCACGAGCUACAACUGGGAGACAAGGACGACAGAGGCGAGAUUGUCAGAUACAUCGCCCACGAGCUUGCGAUCCACAUCAAGGAGUUGCGAGAGGAGAAGCACCAUCGGCUGGAUUUUCAGCGCUUGAUGAAGUUGUAUGAACAGCAGCAAGAACAGCAGCAAGAACAGAAGCAACAGAAGUGGCGGAAGUUGCUGAAGCCACUGAAGCUGCUGAAGCGGCAGAAGACCCAACACCAGUCCGACACCCAGCUCGACGCCCAACCUGAGUUUCCAUACACCCGCCCAGCCCCGACGUGCGCGUGUGGACAAUGCCCGGAUGGCGGUUGUGACUUCUCGCUCGUGAACAAGGACGAGUACGGCCCCUGCAAAGACUGCGAGUGCGUAAACAAAGCGUGGCGCGGCUAA